GUCACCAUAAACAAGAUCACCAUAGCAAGUAAACAAUGGAGUUUCGGGGAUCGUGAUGCGGUGCUUUAAUUUUCUAAUAAAUUGCAGUGAUUUAUGACUUUAUCAGAGCAAUGUAUUUAGCAAAACUGUUCCUCAGUAACAUAAGAAACAAAAUAAGCUAAUUUUAGAUGAGAAUGACUAAAUAUGGAGGGGUGGAUACAUUCUUUGAUGAGGAGCCCCAUGAUUCACCAGUAUUAAAAGGAGAAUAUACAACUGUUGCCUCUCCAGUGAGAGAGAAAACUUUGAUCAAUUCACCAAUUCAUUCACCACUUAACAUGUCAAAAAGUAAAGGAUCAAGAAGUUACUAUUCCGAUUCAAGAUCAGGAAGUCGGUCACCAAGGUCCGUGUCACCACGUGACCGGAACUCUUACUCUGAUUCUUUUGAUUCAGAAGACUCCGCGCAAGACUCACGACCAUCUUCCGCUAGGCGCACUAAAAAUGUAUCAAGGAAAAGCAAGGCAACAGUUCAUAAACGUACAAGUAGUAACUAUAGCAGAGAUAGUAGAAUCACAAAUGCUACAAGCAGUGGCUAUGGAAAGACACGCAGAACGUAUACAGUUAAACGUAAAACCACCAAAAAAGGUCAAAGCAAAGGACGUGCCAGCAGUAUACAAGGUAACGUGACGCCUCGUAACGCAACGGAAGUAACGAAACGAAUGCUGUCAGCGAAAGGACAUACGAUCAAUCGUCUGAGAAGUGAAAAUGAGGAAAUCAAAAUAAAAUACGAGGAAUCAGUACGUGAGAUUAGACUUUUAAAACAGCUCCAAAGAAAACAGGAACGUGCGUUGAAUAAGUUCGAAGGUGAGGAGAGUGAACUCCCCGAGCUAUUAAGAAAUCAUAGUGCAGAACUUGAUUCUCUACACCAGCGUGUGAGGAAAUAUAAAGAAAAAGAUAGGAGUAAAGAUAAACAGUUGCAAGAACAGCAUGAUGAAUUAUGUAGGUUACAAAAAGAAAUGAAGAAAAUGAAGAAGCUAGCAGGCGAUAAACAUCUACUAGAAAGGGACGCUUUACAGCAGAAGUUAUCUAUACAAUCAGAACAACUCAGUGAUAAGGAAAAAAGAAUAAUAGAUUUGGAACGUUACGUUGAGAACAUUCGGAAAAAUCAAAGUCAUCAAUUCAAUGAUGUCAAGAAUAAAGAACAUGAUCUGAAGGGUCAAAUUUCAGCGCUCCAGAUGGAAAAUGAACGAAUACUAGUACAACUCAGGGAAAAGGAAAAAGAGCUUGAUAUCAGGAAUAUUUACAGUAACCGAGUCAUUAAACCACCUACAAAGUUAAGAUCAACAAAGUCACCGACGUCCCCUAGAGGAAUCAUGCUCGACAAAUCAACUACAACGGACAGCUUGAUUCAAAGUCCGCAUCCUCCUGGGACACCGAAACGAACAUCAUCUGCUGAAGUCCGUCAACAGAUCACAGAGAAGAAGACCGUUGUGGUGGAAAAAGAAAAGAAAGAACUUAACGAACAUGAAUUGAUUUUACAGCAGUUAGAUUUAGGGAUUCAAGCGAAAGAGAAUAAGGAUGAAGGGGACGAUGUAAUGAAAGGUUUAGCAUUGGCUAAGCAACGCCGAGAGGAACGAUUGAAAAAUGAGCAAGAAGAGAAGAGAAAGGAAGAACAGUUGCUGAGGGAGAAGGAAGAAGAGGAGAGAUUAAAAAGGAAGGAAGAGGAACGACUUCGUUUGAAGAAGAUUAAAGAGGAUGAAGAAGCAAAUAAGGAAAAAGAAAGAGUGGCAAAAGGCGGUGCAAAGUCAUUUAAGCCCAACUCGUUACCUACAACUGUACGUGCUGAUUCUGAAGACGAAGGCAACAUCCUAUAUUUUGGCUCCAAGCCAAAAUCAAAACAGGCCGAAUACGCUGUGAACAGCGUACGCGGUCUGCAGAAAUAUUCAAACGAGAGAAGUGGAAGCGCUGACAAAGAUAACAGGAGUUUUGGAGGCAACAAAGUUUUUGGUGAACCUUCUAAAAAGUCAUCCCACAAUGCAACUGUUCUGCCGACAAAUGGUAACCAUGCAACAUCAGUAAAUAAAGAACAAACAGAAAGAUUGAAUAAAGAGAAAGAAGAUGCGAGAAGGAAGAAAGAAGAACUCUUGGCUAAAAUGCGAGAGAUUGAUCAGAAAAGCGAGAAACCAGAUUCUGGACGAAGUCGUAAAAGCUACAAGUUUACCAACCCGGUUGAGAAUUUGCACAAUGGUUUGCCUUCACGUGGACUGGGCACUACGGGAUCAUCGUCAAACGAUGAGGAAGACCUAGCAUUUGGAAGCUACGCGCCCACAUUCAGUAAGGGAAGCAGCUCCAAGAAGCAAGACAAGUCACUCGCUAACGGACAUGCAAAUCAGAAGAAAUCUGAUCUCCUAUCAAAUCUAUUCAGCAAAGGAGAUACGGAAAAACCAAACACAUCAUCGGAUAAUGAUGAUGCUUUCAACUUUGGAACUAAGGCCAAACCAGUCAAGGAUAAAGCUGCCUUCCCGUGGGACAGUGAAGCUGAAAACAGUAAAGGAACCGGUGCAAAGACAGGGCGUAGGGCCCAAGAAGUUAACUCCUUAUUUGGUCAGAACAGUAGCAAAGCUCCAUAUAUUGGCAAACUAGCGGUUAAUGAAGUUGACGAUUUUGACGACGAUCUUGAAGAAGUUAUUUUAUAGUCUGUAUUCUUUAUAAAGUAAUGAAGUACCUUGAUUAAAUGGUGAACUUAAUUGGUUACCUUGAUAUAACUGUUCCAUGAAAUAAUGUUUGUAAAUUCCAUUUUAAAACUUGAUUGAUUGCCUUGAUAUUAAACUGUUCCAUGAAUUAUUGCUUGUAAUUACCUGUUUUAAUGGGUUUGUUCUUCUGGAGUGUGGUUGUAAAUGACAAUGCUGAUUUUUUUCAGUAAUUACUAAUCAUCUGUGAAAUAGACAAUGAUAGUAUUAAGAUAAAGGAAGUGUGCAAUGUAAACUAGUUUACCAAAAUUGUCAUUUAAUGUAGGCUAUUAUAUGUAUGUAUUGUCCCAUGAAAAAUAAAAAAAAAUAAAAAAAUAAUAAAAUAAUUUUUUUAAUUAACCUGCUUGUUUUGAAGUAACAUAAAACUAUCAAACUGAAAAUAGACAUUAGUGUAUUUAAAAAAAUAUUUGCCCAUCAAUUUACAACCACUUACAAUUACUGGAAGUGUUUUUAUUACAAUUCAUCAUUGUCCAGUAUAAAAAAAUAAGGGUAGACAUUAAAAAAAUUCAGUAAUUUCUAUGCUCAAGUUAAUAAUUUGUACAUUAGGCCUGGUGAAAAAUCAGCAAGUUAAUUUUUUUUUUUUUUUUUCAUUUUCAGGGGACAAUACAUUUUCAUAAAUGAUUUUCAGGUUUUGACAGACGUUAUCUCUUUAAAAAAAAAUAGAUAGAUAUUUAUCUGGCUGUGUAGAGCAUGUCCUGUUAGGCUUUUGUUAGCACAAAUAUUGAUGUAUCCAGGAUUUAAAAAAAUACGAGUAACAGCCACAAAGGGAGUGGUUACAAGGGUAAAAAACCACAAAUCAAUUCAAAAUCAAAUUUAAUACAAAAAUACAUGAAAAUGUUUUUUAAAUUUUUUUUUAAAGUAAACACAUGAAACUUUUAAAAUUAUAGUAAUGGGCUACAUAACUCUAAAAUCACAUUGCUACAAAGUGUUUACAACAAGACUGAAAACAAUUCUUAAUUUCCAUGUUUGAUUUUAAUACCCAUUGUGGAAAUAACAGAUUUGAGAUUCAAAAUGUGUGGAGAGGGAGAGAAACAUUCUUCUUCCACUAUGGAUCUGCUGUUGAAGAAAGAGAGCAGUAACAGGUCUGUCCAAAUAAAAAAAAUACACGUUUCUCAUCCAAGUUCUUUUCAUUUUGUUGAACAGAUUCCCCCUUGAAAAUGUAAUAUCCUAGUGCUACCACUGAUAUUAACUUGCAUAGAAACCAUGGCCCAGGGACAAGUCAUAUUAUUUUGUUUUCUUGAUGGCUACAACAUACACAUAGUUGUUUUCUAGGCCUAUGCAAAAGUAUUUCACUUCUCAUCAAGAUGUUUAAAUUUCUGGGUAUUAUACCUUGUGAAUUGAAAUUUGAACAAAUACUCCACAAUUCUUUAUUCAGGAGACAUGCAAAGGGGAAAAUAAAAAUAAGGCCUUCCACAAAAAAAAACAGAGGAGAUGAAGCGGCGGAAUACAAUUCUUGACAUAACAUUUGAUGUAGCAAGCAAACAUUACUUUCAAUAUUAAUAACUUUUAAUUGUAAAAAAUAUAAACAAAAAAUUGCUAUUGUGGAGGAU